CUCCUGAACUUUCACUUGGUUUCACUCAGUCUGAAGACGGACGUGUGUGGAUCGCUGACAUGAUCACAGGUCGGGAUUUCAACCACCUGUACUUGAGGGAUCUUGGAAAUGUGACCAAGACAUUAACACAACGCAGGGCGGAUUAGAGUAACCAUACUUCUAGACAUUGUUGGACCAAGUUAGCAGCACAUUCCUCGACACACGAGUCUUUUUUCACACGCGGGGUGCAACAUGAGGACCUUCCUGGGAGUGUUAAUGGUGAUCAUUGUCUCAGGUGACAAUGAGACUAUUAAAGGCAGCUUAGACGGCAGUGUCCUUCUGCAAUGCAACUGCUCAGAGAGAAAUGUGAAUGAGAAGCUCCAGUGGCAGAAGGAAAAACCAAUCAUGCUGAUGGUGUUCAGACACAAUGAGACGAAUUCAAUGUUUAACGAAAGAUACAAGGGCAGGGCCAAGACAUUUCUGUCCGACAACAGCAACAACUGCUCCAUUCUGCUGAACAACAUCACAGCAGACGACCAGGGGAUUUACAAGUGCAGUUUUUACAUUCAAGAAACAUACCAGAGAUCAUUUGUGAAUCUAAGCGUGUCUGCGGACUACCAUGUCUGUCAGAAUGACGACAACCCGAGUGGAAGUGGAAAGGUUUUCCAUUGUUGCAUGAAAGGACGCUACAGGGAGUCUGAGAUUCAGUGGAGGUUGGAUAGACAGCUUCUUACUAAUUCAACCACAACUUACAUAACCCACACAUACUACCUGGAUGCUACAGGCUACUACUAUUUCAACAGCACACUCAGCACUAAACUCAACUGGACAUCAAAGCCUACAUGUGAUGUGAAGGCAAAAGGCGUGUCAACCAACAUCAUCAGUGAGCGCAGAACUGGACCCUCCCCGCAGCAAGGUUCAGGUAGAUACCGGCACUUAACGAUCAUUCCCAUUACAUUGGUGCUUGGACUUUCCCUGCUCUUGUGGCGGUAUCGUUCCAACACCUCACGGAGUACGCCGAGGAUAAGAGAUGACCUAUGCUGCUAAGAACCCAUGACAAACUCCAGUGUGACAAUGUGAGAGUGUGUUCCACUGAACUGUUAGUCACGAAUGUGGUGUCAUGCCCGCACAGAGUCUCUCAACAGGCAGGUUACAUCCUGUGUUCAUGCCGCUCAAGGAAUGUGGUGUUUAUUUUGGAAGAAGGUACCAACCUUGUGAACUUUUAUGGACGUUUGCAGGGAGGUGUUUUUAUUGUUAUACUUCCUUACAACUCACUGUAAUGAGAUUAGCCUCUGCGAUCUGAGGACAAAGUGAGACAUUUAAAUAUAAUUAGAUACACAUGGUGUCGACCAUAGACUCCAUAAAAAAUGGACGUAGCUAUCAUGACUUCACCCAUUGGUUUGUGGAAUGCUGUUUUGAAGCCUCAAGUUCGGCAUUUUGGCUGUCGCCAUCUUGGUUUUUUGGAGCAAGAAGUGACUAUAUUUGGACGAGAGCUUGGAGCUGUGGAGAAGCGAGGGAUGGAUCCGACUCUAGACUGUGGUGAGGCCUUACAGACAGCCUAUCACUCAAGUGGUCACACACUUAAAUAUGGGUAACUCUCAGUCUUUAAAAUGUAAAUGGGUGAGUUUUAAAAAAAUUCACCCCCCGUACAGUUGUCAUGACUGCUGACAUUUGCUAUAGAAGCCAAAACUUUUUUUGUACCAGGCUGUAAAGUAAGGCUGGGCAUUUUAACAUGGGAGUCUAUGGGGAUGGACACUGUUUUGGAGCCAGCCUCAAGUGGCCAUUAGAGGAACUGCAGUUUUUUUUGCACCUCCACAUUGGGUUCAUUUCUCAGCCUCGGAGGUUGGUUUCUACAGGUAUCACACACUUACAUACUUUAAAGAUAUUUUUAACCAAAUUUAAGACUGAUUUUUAGACAAAUAAUCAUUUUAUUAUUCAAAUAUUGCAAAUAAAGGUAUAUAUAUGUUCCUGUGCAGGAGUAGGUCUAACGUAUGGUUAUGAGAGUGAGUUAGGUUAAUAUAAAUUUUGUCAACACGUAAGUGCAAGUGUAAAGUAAAAAGACGGUUUAGGUUAACACUGGGGGUUUAAGGUUUGUAACAUCAGAAAUGUGGACCAAAAGUGAUGAAAAGAAAUUAAAAGAUGGAUAAAGAAAAAUAGAUAAAAUGACCUUAGAAAUCCAAAUCCAAAUUUAAGACUAUUUAAUGCAUUUGAAGGUUUUAUAUUUGAAAUUAAAUUUGAGACAAUUAAAGACUUUUUAAGAACCUGCAGACACCCGGGUAACAUGAAGAAAACACAAAAAAUACAGGAAUCAUUACACAACAACAACAAAAAGUUGAUUCUGUAGCAGGUAAAAUUUGACACUAUUCAUAUUCAAAUUGAGCCAGAACAGCUUUGAAAAUGUGUCUUGCUGACAUGGUUAGAUGUAAAUAAGACCAUUUUCUGAAUGUACAAAAAAAGUUAAACUGUUUCACAUAUACUCCCAUAUACUUAAAUCCAGACAUACUGCAGAAAACUGAGCCAUUUAAUGAUUUAGUUUAUCUAUAUAUACUGUAAGUGCCGUACUUCAAAAAAGGUUAUAAAUACAUUUAUAUUUACUGUAGAUAUUUUAGGUAACUUCAUCUAUAUUGCAACAAUUGUAAUGAAUGGAAGUUGUAUGAAAUGUGUUUGCAUUAGUGUGACUAUCUACUGUGAUUACCUUGUAAAGGUCCUUGAUCGAGGCUCUUCUAACAUUGUGUGUUAAAAUACAGCCUGUUUUUCUGUAACUGCCUGUUAUAUACUGGUUACACUGAAUGUUGUUGCUUUAUCAGAUUUGUUUUACAUUUGUAAACAAACACAUUAAGGUCAUUUUAUAUUAUAUGAAUAAUACAUCAAGUUUUGGAGGGAACCCCUGUGACAAUUUUGUGCCAUUUAAGCCUGUGAAUGAGCCCUACCUGGACAGCCGAACAGUCAAAGACAUUUUUAUCUUUCUCAGUCUGGAAAGAUGUUGUUGAACUCCUGGAACUGGGACACAUAUUGGUGGUCCAGAUGGCCAGUCAACCAUGAGUCUCAUAUUCUGGGUUCGGACAGCAGCCUUGCUUCUGCGGCUGCAAACAGGAGACCACGCCAAAUCUGAAGCGAGGGAAUUGCAAUAAUAUGUGAACAUGUGAAUGUGUGGACUUUUUUAUGAUCAGCAAAGGGUGACAUUUAAACCUACACUGGGAGUGUUUUGCUCUGGAAAAAAACUGAACAACCCUUUUCACCCACAUACUACGGUUGGUUUGUUUUUUUGAGUUGCUUAUUCCUUAUGUUGUUUUAUAUCUUGUCAUCAUUCUCACUUUCUUUGUGUAAGUUGUGCUUAAAAGCAAAACACUGUAAAAGCAUAGUACCAGUGUCAUUUAAAGCUUUCCAGCAUGCUGAGACUGGUUAGUGGAGCUCGGGCAGAGAUUAAAUUCAGCCUUUUUUUUGUCUAUCUGGAGGAAAUGUGGCAACAUUUGGCACUGUGUAUACAGUAUGUGCGUGCAAGAGAGAUUACAGAUGCCAUUAAAUACAAUAAAGUACAUCAAAGAAA